UCCCCCGUACCCACUCUCUCCCCUUGUGCCCUUGUUCCGCAGGUUUCCCAGAGCAACCCCUAGUGUGCAUGUGUGUGUGAGAGUGCUCGUGUAAGAGGGUGCGUGUCAUGGCCUCGAUGCCCGACGAAGCCCCGUGGGACGUGGCCACCUACAGUAAGGUGCUCCUGCUCGGGGCCAUCGCCGCUGCCUCGGCCUUCGUGGUCACCAUCGUCAUCGUCCUCGUCUGUGUGGGCUGCCAGAGGAAAAGCAAGAGCAAGCACCCCCCAGAAAAUGGAGAGAAGGGCACGUCUGUGAACAUGAGUACCCUCCGUCAUCCUAAGCUCAACUCUAUGAGCAAGUCCGACACCAGGCUUCACGAGAUCAAUCGCCUGCCCUGCAAUGGUGCUCCUAAGAACCGUCCGGCCAGUAUGGACCUCCUCCUCCUCCACAGUCGUCGUUCCCAGUCAGACCUCCGGCCCUCCCAUGUGCGCCAGCUGCCCCAGAUCCCCACCUCCCCCCAGGGGGGCAACAAGCCAGGGGAGGGGAGGAACCACACCUACACAGAGGUGGGACUGCGGAACCCCUCCCCCACCCGUUGCCUGGACGACGGGCUGUACGAGAGCGUAGGGGUCCGAGAUCCGGAUGGAGACCCCAAAAUGCCCCCAGCCCCUCCCCCCACCUCGGCCAACACCCCUGCCACCCUGAGAGCAGCACGGAGCCCCAUGGCCCAGGGCAACGGGGCCCGAAACGCCAAUGGGAACGGCCAUGGGAAUGAGAUCAGCCGAGGGAAUGGUCACGGAGAGCUGAACGGCACCUUGAAUGGCAGAGGCAGAGGGAAGCCUCCACCUACUGCCGUUAACGGCUCCCCCCAGUCCUCCCUCCCCUCGCUGGCCCCCCAGGACCCGGUAACGGCAGAGUAUGCUUCCAUUCGGAAGGUCCGGAAGGUCGACAAGGCAACCAAGAAGGAGAACAAUGGUGGAGAGUCAGACAGCCAAUCAAGUGUUGGAGAAUCACCCCCUGCCCUGCCCCCCCAACUCCCCCGCAUCCAGGAGAUUUCACGGAAACAGCUGGAGUCAUUCCACCUGCCCUCCUUCCCCAAGGAGGCAGUGUUCAUAGGUAACGGGGAGCAGUACAUCUGGAAGCCCCCUGAGGAUGAUGACAUCAUCACCCUGCACCCAGUACCAGCACACCUAGGGGAAAAUGGACAGGGCCACCUGACAGCCAUGGAGGUGUCAGACACUUACUCCACCGUGUGUAAACCCCUGAAGAAGAAGGCUCCCCCAGAGAACAAUGGAGCCAAGACCCUGCCCCGCUGCUCUGGUGGGGACAGUGGCAACGGCAGGGGAAAUGGCUGGGCGGGCUCUACUGGGGGAGCCCUGGGCCGAGGCCGGGGGGCCCAGACCCGCUCCCAGGAGGAACCCUGCUAUGAGCCGGUGGGUGACAGGUCCUGGCCAGUGGCAGAGUCCGAUCCUGCGUAUGCUACUAUCGACUCCCACCGGAAACGUGAGAGGGCUGGAACCAACAAUGGCGUGAUGAGCGGAAGCGCCACGCUAAAGCCCAGGAAGAAGCCCCCUCAGCAGGCAGCAACGGGGCCUCCUCAGGGCCCCCCCGGCCCGCCGGCCCCCCCAGGCCCACCGCCCCCCCUCAGGCCCACCGCCACCCCCAGGCCCACCGCCCCCCCCCCAAAAAGAGCCCAUCCUGGAGGGGAGAACUUUUAUGAGACCAUCAGUGAUGUGAAACAGGGAGCCAGCAGCUCCAGCACCACCACCAUCUUUACCUUCAACGAUGGGAUGGAGAUGUAUGUCACUGGCCUGUAGCUAGCCUGCACAGGCUGGCAGGCCGUCUAGUAGAGCUAGAUAGGGUUGGGUUACUCUGUCCAACUACUGAUGGACACAAUAAUAAUGAAUUGCCAACAACAUGGUGUACAUAGGAAUCCAGCAGGAACAUUCUAAAAGAGGAACUAUUUGUUUUUAUCCCAAGCUAAGACAGGGUCACAGUCCAAACCCAACAGAACCAGACCUUCCGUCACUGACCUGGCAUGGCCCACUCAUAACCAGAUGGACUUCCUGACGCCUGCUGACUGGAGAGAGAGUUUACAACUCUUCUCAAAUCUUAUUUCAUUUCUGUUGUGCAACUGUACACCUGACUUUACCCCCCCCCCCCGUUGUGUGACAUUGUACAUGAUAUCUUUAUUUUUCUAUGAAUAUGAUACCCUUAAAAGAGCAUGUACUGUACAGAACACACCCUAUCAAAAUCAUGACACAGCACUAUCACUCAUGAACUGUACAAAUAAAAGUGGCGAGCAUGAAAACACUCAUUCAAAUGGAAAUCAGAGAACAUCAACGUCUCAAUUAAACCCUUUCUGAUGACCAAACUCAGACAAAUAAAAGACAAACGUCACACACAUACACACACACUCGUCUUUGUGCCGGGGCUUAUGUAAUCUAAGCAGAUGGAUGUCACAGAGAUUUUCUGUGCUUAGCUCUCACUAAGCAAACAUAUGAAACAGGUUCUCUCUCUCUCUGCUCUACUGACACAGCCCUGUUGCCGGGCAGAUAUGAUUAUCCAUCUAUACAGUUUGGCAUGACCCUGGUCUGACCCAGAGGAGGUGCUAUAAACCCCAUCACUCUCCUAGACCUUUUUCUAUUCUAUGGACGGUGAAACAAUCACUUCUGUUUCCCUGUGAAUUUCAAAUGUGUCAGAGGUGUGAGUUGUGUAAAGAUCCUACCAGGGAGACAGCUUUAGGUUGUCGUGACCUUACAAAUGUCACUUAAAACCAAAUGGCAAACUUGUAUCUUUACCAUAUAUAGCCACCCUAAACUAACACAAAGAAAAUUGAAAUGUUUGUAAAUGUACACUGUAAUAUAAUGUCUCAUUACAUUAGAUCAUCAAUAUUUAAAAAUGUCAUAUUUUUCCUACAAACUUCUCACGCCAGAUUUUUUGUUGCAUGGCAACCUCCACACACGCCCACUCUUGGCAGAGUAUAGAGUAUGCCAGGACAAAGCAGUCCGGCCACAGUCACAGCCUUGGGAAGAGAGAAGGUUCCCAGAGCAAGAUGGCCGGCAGGUUUCGCAAUACCAACGCAGCACUGCGAGAGACAGAAAAAUAGAAAGAAAUAUCAACAAGGGAUGCUUUAGUCCUGGAAGUUAAUGUGUCAUAUCUAGUGGGCGUUGUUAACAUUUGAUUAUAUGGCUGCAGUAAUGGCAUAUUGCUGCAGGCCUGUUGGCUGACUUGUUCAAUAAUUGGAGUAAAGUGCGUUUGUCUAACAGAGUACUGAUUCGCUCCUCAGUCUCCGGCCAAGGCUCCACUGUUGCUCUUUGGGCUCAAGACUGGCCAUAAGAACAGUGAUUGAAGGUUUGGAAUCCAAGGAAAAUAAAAUGCUGGGCACCCAAUCGCCAGUGAGCUUCCUUUGGAAGGUUGCCCCGCUCUCUCUCUCUUCCCUCUGUAGCCUGCGCUCGAUUCUGUUCCAUUGUAAACAAUGCCUUUGCUGUUUUGUUGCUUUGGGAAACAUAAAGGAAGGAAUGAACUAAGAAAACACAACACGUGGGUUUUAGUUCAUCCAGGCCAGUGGGACCAGGGACAGAGAACGCUCAGGGACAGAGAGGAUUAGAACAUGUUAUGGAUGGACCUCAUAUCAGACAAAGGUCUGACACAAGGGCACAUUGAAGACUGAAGAGUGUUUCUGUGUACAGGCUUACCAUGACAAUGUGCAUCUAAAAUGCACUGUGUAUUUUCGAAAUGCGCUGUUUCUGUUCUUUCUGACUCCUCAUACUCCGUGUUUAAAUAGCGUGUGCCACUGCCAUGAAGACGGCCCUGGUUCCAUUUCUCUGAGUGUUGUUGGUGCACUUUUAUUGCUUGAAAAUAAUGCAUGUUUUGACAAAUGGAAAAACAGACUUAUUUUGGUACUGUACCUAAUUGAUUUCUCACUGUUAUUUUAAUGUUGUUGUUAACAAUAUUUUGUCAGAAGCUGUUUUUACAGUCUUUACAAAACUGCAGAGAGAGAGAGAGAGAGAGAGAGAGAGAGAGAGAGAGAGAGAGAGAGAGAGGAGAGAGAGAGAGAAAGAGAGAGAUAGAGAGAGAGAGAGAGAGAGAGAGAGAGAGAGAGAGAGAGAGAGAGAGAGAGAGAGAGAGAGAGAGAGAGAGAGAGAGAGAGAGAGAGAGAGAGAGAGAGAGAGAGAGAGAGAGAGAGAGAGAGAGAGAGAGAGAGAGAGAGAGAGAGAGAGAGAGAGAGAGAGAGAGAGAUUGAGAGGAAGGAGGGGGAGGAACCACUGAGGUAGUAAGAGGUUGCUUGCCACUGCUGCUCUAUAGAGAGAAGGAGUGACAGAGAGUGGGGGAGGAGGAGAAAUGGCAGAAAGCUGGAUGAGGAUCAUUGCAAACCAUUUGACUCCUUUUUCUUCUCUUUAACACACACACACACACACACACAUACACACACACACAAACCACUGCCAUUUGGAAGGAGGCAGCAGACCCUGGUUUGCUCAACCUCACUCACUUGUCUACUUACCAAUGCAAUCCUCUCUCCUCUGUCGUCUCGUUUCUUCCUAGGCUGGGGGAGAGCGUGUCUUUGAAGAGGGAGGGGGGGAGUUUGGGGGUCAAGCCAAACCUGGUCCAUUACUUUGUAAUGUUUCACAAUGUACCGUUGAAGAGGACUUGAUGAGGACUUUUUUCAAUUGCACAUACAUAUACUGAGGAAUAUGUGUAAUAGUCUGUAGUUGUACCGAUGUUGUUCAUAACUCAAAACACCUCAUGAGAUUGUUGUUGCAAAAUGGUGGUUAUCACAAAUGUUGUGUUGAACCAAGUUUUUAGAUACCCCUGUCCUCCCAAUUCAGGUAAUGUUGUGUGGCAUUAUUGAUGCUGUGACAGCUACUGUAGCCGAAGUUGUACAUUUGUGAAGAUGACACAGGGUUUCAUGUGAAAAAAUCUUAUUAUAUAAUUGUGCAGGUAUGCAGAAGAUUGUAAUGUUUUAUAUAAUAAUAAAAUAUCAAAGUCAAGUUUUUACUUUUGUAAUAAAGUAGCACCUCAAAACGUUG